AUUUAUAAGAGGUUUGUAAUAAAAGUUGCAUAAAUUUUUCACUUUCUGGUGUGCAGGUGUACCAACAAUCUAUUGCAGCCGUUUGUAUUAUGGACUGGCCAAAGGAGAGGAUGCUGGUUCAGGUUUUGGAUGAUUCUGAUGAUGUAGAUGUUCAGCUUCUUAUCAAAGAAGUACAGAAAUGGCAGCACAGGGGCGUGCACAUAUUAUGUAGGCAUCGCCUUAUCCGUACUGGCUACAAGGCAGGAAACCUGAAAUCUGCAAUGAAUUGUGAUUAUGUGAAAAUUUACGAGUUUGUUGCAAUUUUUGAUGCUGAUUUUCAACCGGCACCAGAUUUCUUGAAGAGAACCGUUCCUCAUUUCAAGGGAAAUGACGAUAUUGCAUUGGUUCAGACAAGGUGGGCCUUUGUGAAUAAGGAUGGCAACUUGCUCACAAGAUUGCAGAACAUAAAUUUAUCAUUCCAUUUUGAGGUUGAACAGCAGGUCAAUGGUGUGUUUAUCAACUUCUUUGGUUUCAAUGGAACUGCUGGUGUGUGGCGAAUUAAGGCCCUCGAGGAAUGUGGUGGAUGGCUGGAACGGACAACUGUUGAGGACAUGGAUAUUGCCGUUCGUGCUCAUCUUUCUGGAUGGAAGUUUGUAUAUCUGAAUGAUGUUAAGUGUCUUUGUGAGCUUCCCGAGCCCUUCGAGGCAUAUAAGAAACAGCAGCAUCGCUGGCAUUCUGGUCCAAUGCAGUUGUUCCGCUUGUGUUUCUUUGACAUACUUCGUUCUAAGGCCCAAACCUGAGGCCCGUUUUACAAAUCUCAGAGCCCAAACAUGGAGGCCCGAUCAGGACAAACCCAAUUCAGAUGGCCCAACAGAGCCUAAAUGUGUAACCCUAGAUUCAGUUAGGGUUUACAUAUCAUCAUCCAACCGCCUCAACUUGUUGCCGUUGGAUCUAGUUUUGAUCCAACGGCCCAGAUAGUCCCAACAAGGAAACCCUAGGGUAUCAUAACCCUAGGGCCACGUCCCAGCCGCCGCUGCUUCCAGAAGACCCCAGUUGCCGCCUCCAGAUGCUUCCAGCCGCCUUGCCGUCGCUGCUGUGCCAAGCCUCAAGCCUCGAUUCUUUUCAGAAGGCCAGAUGCCCCUCCACACAACGAGCUCUAUGGUGAGUCACCACCAUAGCUAUGGUGACUCACCUAGGGUCGCCAUUUGGGACCAGUCUGAAGCCAUCACCAGUGGUGGCUAUAAAAGCCACCAUCCCCUGCAAAGAAAAAAGAGAGGAGGAGAGACAGAAAGAGAUGAAGCAACCAACGAGGACGGAGAGAGAUACGAACAACAACGGAGAAGAACAGACAGCUACGAAGAAAAACAGAGAGCAUAACACAACAACACCAACAACAACAGCAAACUACCAACGAUCUCAGUCAACAACAAAUCGAGGGAAGAAGAAAAGGUAAAAGAAACUUACCAUGGAGGAGAGCAAACGUCACAUGAAACCACCAAAACCCGAAGGUAUUCUUGUAGAUCUGCUCCGAUUAGGAGCUUUUUAGGGAAAAAUAAGGUUGGAUUCGGUAUUGGGGGUGUUUAGCGCUCCCUUUUGGUAUAAGAUUGUAUAGUUCCGGCCACCGUGAGCGGUGACCGACGGCGGCGACUGACACCAGGGUAUGGUGGCCGGCAGUUGCCGGAGUUCCCUCUGGUGAGGGAAGCAAGAGAGAAGCGAGAGAGAAUUUCUUCUCUCGUUUUUAGAGAGAAAAGAGAAAGGGAGAAAAUGAGAGGCUGACCUUCGGGUCAGCCAUUUAGGGGUUUAAAAACCCUCUCCCAAAUGACACCGUUUUGGGGAGGGUAUUUGUGUAAUUUCCUGUGUGGGUAAACUAUACCCGCAGUCACUCAAGUAUGUAACUUUGCAUUUUAGUCAUCGAAAAUAAUUUUUGAUUAGUUUAA